AUGGCAGCCAAAGGCGGCAAAAGUGCCGUAAGACAAAGAAAAAAAGAUUCUUCGAAACACUUUAGCGCCAGAAGAAUCAAGCAUCGGACUUUUACCGGAUGUGAUACAUGUCGGCGGAGAAAAGUGAAGUGCGAUGGUGCACGGCCUGUGUGCAUGAGAUGCAAGAAGUCGAACCGCGUUUGUGCAGGUUACGGCAUAAAGUUGAAGUAUGCAGAAGUCCUGGUGUUGGCAGGAAGAAAUGAGCCACAUUUGGAAAAGUUGAAGAUGAAACGGGAUGAUAGUGGCACGAACUCCGAUAUCAGUGAUGGCCCGAAGCGGCAACGAAUUCCGUUCUGCCGUUAUCCCAGAACCCAGCGCUAUUUAUACGAGAGGGAUGUGGAAAAUGCGUUGGAUCGAUGUUUUGUGAGUGAGGGUCAGAGUUCCAGCUUUGUUGGUCCCUUCACCUGCUUUAGAUUAGAGCAAGUUGUUUCAAUCAGGAGUCAGAACAUUGCUAAGGCCAGCUCUGAGGACGGAUCGUUGUCCAGCGUAUCGCAAAGAUCGGAUUUGAUGAGUCCGGCAGCCUUGAAGCCGUCUAUUGAAAAUAUACUCAACGGGAAUGAAACCGGAGGUAAGGGUGUUGUGAUCUACAGGGGCGGAAACAACAGUAUUAUCAGCACUAGAAGUGGGGGGAGUAUCAUCAGCAAUAGAAGUGGGGAUAGUAUUAUCAGCACUAAAAGUGGGGGUAGUAUUAUCAGCACUAAAAGUGGGAGUAGUAUUAUCAGCACUAGAAGUGGGGGUAGUAUCAUCAGCACUAGAAGUGGGGGUAUUAUCGGCAAUAGAAGUCCAAGCAGUAUUAUCAGCAAUAGAAGUGUUCCCAGUGGUAUUGUUGCCAACAGAAGUGCUACAAACAGCAUUAUUCCCAGCAUAAGCGCCAGUAGUGUCAGCGGCAGAAGCAGCAUAGACUCCUCUCUGAUUGGUAGUCCUCAACAAGUUGAUAUGACGCAAAAAGAGACGGGUAACGAAGUUGCAUCGCCAAGAAAUUUAGACACACAUUCAAACUUUUCAAACAACUCCACAGACCAGAUCAUCCCCAGAAAGAUCUGGAUUCACCCAAAGUUCCAAAAAGACGCCUUCACAACGUAUUGCACUCUUCUCGGGGAUGUUCCAACUGGAGAGCCGGACUGGGAAACUGUCAAGCGGGUGGUGUUUUCCGAUUAUUCUGGAAUCACGGAGUCCCUGCAAUGCCGAAUAGUGGAUAAGUUCGGCCUGACGGACGACCAGGUGCUGCGGAGAUGCCGGCGGAAAAUCCUCCAGCUUGGGCAGCAGCUGCAGAUAAAUGAGAUUCGGGUGUAUCCAAGCGAGUCACGGGUGUGCCUACUGCUUCAAAACAGCAAGAUCCGGCAGUUGAUGACGUUGUUUGUGCAGUAUAGCGGCAAGUGUGUGCCCGUGUCGUUUGAAAAAGGAGUAAUGAGUGGUGUAGUCGUUCAGGUUGUGUACAAGGUGAUUGGAGAGCUUGUUGUAUCCGGAAUGGAUUGCCACAGUGACAAAAAUAAGCGCCCAGAUGCAUCUGCAAAGCCAGAAACAGGGCCGGAAAGUGGAUUGAGCAGCUUUCCAGAGUACUGCCAGUUGUUACGCGAGACGUUGGCUGAGUCGGCGCUAGCAUUGGGCGCUUAUCAGCAGUACCGAGUACUAUAUAGCAGCUUUGGGCUGUACAAGGACUCAAGGCACUAUCUCUCCUGCUUUAUCCUCUUGCGUGAUGUUGUGCAGUUGAACACGUCGAGGUUGCUUUCUCAACUUACGGUGAAAAGCAGCGAGGACGACCCGGUCUGUGAGAUCGAUGAUGAACUGAUAGGCAUGUUGAUUGCAGGCGGGAUGGUCGAGGAGUUGUUGAUCACGUUGGUUCUCUGUGUUAAGGUGGAUGAGCAGGUGGAUGUGGUUGUCAACUUCAAACUUUUGUACACUGUGAUGCAGGCAGUGAGGGAGAAAUUGCUGGAUGCCAAGGUGGCUGGUAGCAGUGUGGCUGAGUUACUCACGUGGGUGAAGUACUUCCACUUUUUCUACUAUGCGACUGCCACCAUUGACGUUGAGCAUUACCAGAUAAAGGAGCCUGGCUUUGAGGACUUGGACGAGAACUACAAUGUGAUCAAGCAGUUCAACUUUGAGGAUUCGUUCCGGCCUGACGAAUAUGCCCGUAUUGAAAUACAGCCUAGGAAGAUUACUGAUGGUGAGAGUGACGAGAGACUCGGGAAGGAGGACUCGGAUGGUAGUGAGUCUGAGGGGAGUGAAUAUGAUGAGAAUGAGUCAGAAGAAAGUGAGUACAGUAAGGAAGAUUUGGAGGUAAAGCUUCCAGCAAGGUUGGCCAACCGUCCAAAGGUGAAAGACCGGCCUCCGAGAUCGUUCACAGUUCAUUUUGGGUUUGGAAAUGAGGAUGGAGAGGGGAGUGAUGGUGAGAGUGAUGAAAGUGAUGAGGAAAUGAGCGAUGGUGAAAGUGAUGAAAGUGAUGAGGGAAUGAGUGAUGAUGAAAGUGAUGAAAAUUAUGAUGAGAUUAGUGGAAGUAAUGACAAUUCUUAUAAUCACGCUAACAAACGUCAGCAGAAUACUUGGAAAAGCCUCAAGAAGAAAACAAGAAUCAAUGAUAAAGGCAUCAAGGUGGAUGUUUUGACGGGCCUAACUGUCGACCAGCAGUGCAUGCCUCGCUUUGAAAGGCAGCAGAUGACUUCCACCGAUAAAAAGAUACACAUCCCAAACCAUCCAACUCCGGAAACACUGGUUGGAGUAUCCAUGAUAGAGCUCAACUAUGCACUGCCGAUGUCACUACUUGAUUUGAUGAUACGCACAAUCACGAUAUCGAACCACCGGAACUGGUUUCUACGCAAGAAAGUGUUUCCUAGAAACUUUCCGAAGUUCUGUUGCGAUCUCGAGGAUGACCUUGUUUCAUGGAGAAUACCGUGGGACUUGUAUGAGGACACCUUGGAGAACGAGCAGCAGUUCCACAGCAAGUUCCACGAGGCUUUGUACCACAUGAUCAUGUGCUUUUACAACGCAAUUCUCAUGUUUUUCUACCGCAUUAUCAAGGACAUGGACCCCAGUCUCUUGCAGAAUUACGUCACCUCAGCUUUAACACACAUGGAAAAGCUCCGGAGCAUUUCCAUGGACCAGUCCUUCAGCAGUGAGUAUGUAGUGUUUCCAUCUUUUUGGACGUAUUUCCUGUGUGGCUCGGAUGCCGUUAACAUAGACAUUCAAAGGAGAUACGACAGUUUGGGUAGCUGGUGGUUCAAUUCUGGCAGCAAGUGGAUAGGAAGACAGAUGAUGCUUGAGAUAUGGAGGGGCCGGAACUACGGGAUGAGUGUUGAUCGGCAGAUUUCGGGAAACUCGGUUCCAAACAGCUCACGAAUCGAGGCUUCUGAGGAAACAGAGACUUCCUGGCUUGAUUUGGUGAAGGGAUGGGAGAUGUCUGGGUUUCAUUAG